UUGAACCUGAUGUCAAUCGUGUGGAAAGUACAGCCCACUACUACAUUUCAGUUUAGGGAAGAGAGCGGCAAGCAAAUAGGCUACAAGAAUGGCUGAAGCCCUUGGCAAGAGAACCUUACCACCACCACAACCACCCGCUGCAGGGAAAAAAUCGCGCUCGGAAUCACAAAUAAAAUCUGAUUAAAAAAAAGGAACAGGACCAGAGUAAAUAUUGGCACUGCUUUCCAUCGCUGGAGACAACUAAUGGACAUGAAAGAAAUGAGGUUCGACUCCGAACUUGCAACAUUUCUUUUGGAUUGGUAUGAAGGACCACUGUCCUCCACUCCCAUGAAAAAACGGGCAGUACUGAGAGAUCUCACUCUAACAAGCAUCGGGUCAAGUGAUUCUGAUAAAGACAAGCAUGCCUCAGAAAAGGCCAGCAAGGGCUCAGCAGGUGUGGAAGAAUUGGCCAGGCUUGAGUGCAGCCUUGGUGAAAUGAGCAUUGGUGAGGAGGAACAUCUGGAUGAAAAAGCCAUCAAUGACUUGAGGAAUAGCACGAUUGACUGGGCAGUUAACCCUCCACCUGUAAAGGCAUCAGAUACUGAUGAUGAGGAGCAGGACCGCUCUGAUGAAGAGUACAUCCCUCCACUUUCUCUUCGGUUGGGUGGAGCUUUACCAAAUGUUCCAAACUUUGAUGCGCUGCCAGUCAUUGGUUUGGAAGAGACUAUACAAGACCUCACUCAGAUUUUGAGUCUGAACCAUCUACAGAUCCUGACAGCUCCACUGCCUUACCAGCUGAUUCAAAUGUGCCAACUGUACAGAAGGCAGAGGACAUUGUUGGUGCCAAGGCAUCGAUUGUGUAUGAUGAUUGCUUGAAGUACCUUGCGGCCUUUGUUACACCACCGGUGAAACGGUGCACAGCAAUAAAUGUGACCGGUGCAACAUGCCAACGCCACCCACCAUUCCUGGUGAACAUCAAAGGGAAAGGCACUGCAAGCAUGUUAGAAUGGAGCUGUGCUGAUGGACACAUUGUGUGGCGAUGGGUUUCACAGCCCUUGAUGAAGUACGGACUCCAUAGACUUUAUGCUGAGCACCAACAUCCUGCUAUCAGGAAACAACUACGCUAAAAUUGCACUGCUAUUUAGAUUUAUGAACAUGGGCAUUUUUGGCCCAAACACUUUUUUCUCCAUCCAAGACACGUACUGUGUCGACUCCAUCAAAAAGUACUGGAUGGAAAAAAGGGCAGAUGUGAUUGCAAGACUUCAGGACAAAGAUGUUGUUGUCCUUGCUGAUGGCAGAAACGACACGCCGGGUCACUGUGCGCAGUACUGUAGUUACACUACAAUGGAAAACGACACAUUGGAGAUCAUCAGUGUAGUCACAAUAGACAAAAGACAAACCGACAGACGGUCUGCCAUUAUGGAGAAGGAGGCCUUCAUCUUGACAAUAGAUCAACUAGUCACUGAAGUUAAACUGGUCGAAAUCUGCACAGAUGCCCACUCACAGAUUGGUGCCCUGAUGGAUCCUGUAAAGGGGAGGUACAAGGACCAUGGGAUUCAUCACAGUUUAGAUAUGUGGCAUGGUGCCAAGAAUUUGGCAAAGAAGAUUGCGGCUGCAGCCCAGGUAAAAGAACUGUCUGUCUUGCUCCUUUGGCUGAAAGAUAUCAUAAAUCACUUCUGGUGGUGCUGCAAAACAGCCGACUCCUAUGAAGAGUUCCUGACACUUUGGGCAGGCCUUUUACAUCAUGUCUGCAACGAGCAUGAGUGGGCUAUGGGCAGCUGUAAACAUGGGCAGCUGGCAGAUUUGGAGAAGCAAUGGAUUCAAAGAGACUCUAAAGCACACAAGGCUCUUGUGGAGAUAAUCCUCAAGAAACGAUGGUUGAAGGAUGUGCACAAAUACCUGUGCUUUCGAUCAACGGCAGACCUCGAAUCCUUUCAAAACCACAUAUUGAUGUAUGCCAGCAAGCGCUUUGCCUUCAGUCCACCGGUGUACGAAGCCCGAGUCCUUCUGGCAGCCCUGGACUACAACUACCAUCGGGACCGACCUACUCAGAAGAGGGCAGAUGGUACAGAGAUGUACAGACGAGUGUACAAGAAGAAUGCGAAACAGUAGUGUCUAUGCACGCAAGACUCCCAAAACCUACAGCUACAUUGGGGAACUACAGACGCUGGUGGUGAGAUGUAGGCUGGAGAGUGGCUCUGGAAUGCCCAGAACAAGAACCCUAAGGCCAGAUGACCCACGAAGGCUUGGUUUACUUCCACCUGUACCACCCCCACCAACGGCAGAGCUUGUACAAAGACAAGUCAGGAGAGGACUAGGUAUGCAAAAAUUAGCUCCUGUGUAGUGUUUGGGUGUGUACAAGCAAACAUACCACUGGUUAGGGAGUUAUAGCUGUAGUUGUAUGAAUGUCCUUCUCUUUCAGAUAGCAAUGCUAAAACUGGCAUAACAUAUGUACCUCAGUGACGUGUAGUAAAUGAAUGCAAAAUAGUAGGAUCUUGUGGAUCCUGACACUGAGUAUGAGUUUGAGGAAGAAAUGUAGUAUCAGGUUUUCCUGUUUGACCAAUCAAUCAAGCAUAAUUACAAAGAAA